UUUAGCGCGUCGAGCGGCGGACACACACCGAGCCAGAGAGACACACAGCCGCCCUGAGACAUGAACACCCCGACAGCCGUUGCUCUGCUGCACUGCUUCCUGUUUGCAGUUUUGGUCCGAUCAGCUCCCGCCCCCCUCCCAGCCUUCAGGGAGACGGCUGAGCGAGCGAAGACGCUGGUGGAGAAAAUCCUGAGGGACCUCCCCGACGUGCACGCCGCCACCAUCAACACGGAGGGUCUGACCCUCGACCCCUCCACUCAGACCGCCAACCUGCAGAUGAUGGUGACCUCACUGGGCAUCCCCGCCGGCCCCGUCAUCAAGCCGCUGUCCGAACGCUUCACACUGGACAUGUGUGUGAGUCGUAUGUUGGCGGGCGGCCGGUUGUACCAGGGGCUGCUGGGAAUUUUGUCAGAGAGACUGAGUGGACUGACGGACAUGCGAGCCGACCUCAGAGACCUGCUGACACACCUCAGAAAGAUGAAGGAGGCGGCUCAGCUCGCCGACGAUGGUCUGGAUCAGAACCCGAGUCUGGAUCUGUCCACUCGUCUCCGUGGCAACUACGAGGUCCAGGUGGCGGUCCACCUGACGCUCACACAGCUUCGUUCCUUCUGUCACGACCUGAUCCGCAGCCUGAGAGCCAUUGCUCGCACUUCAGGUACACGCUAAGCCCCGCCCACCAGGGACAACACAGUGCUGCGUUCAAGGACAUAAGGGACAAUCAGGAUGACUUGGACGGAGAUUAUUAAAAGUAGGACAGACAAUUCAGACAUGAGAGGUCAGUGACCUCUGCAGUGACAUCAUCAGUGACAUCAUCAGUCUAUGAUGAGGUCUCUGCAGGAAGACACAUCUGAGGAUUUAUUUAUUCUGAUGUAUUUCAUGACAUUUUCUAAGUGGGGGGGGGCACAAUGUCCCUAAACCUGACGUUUUAUUGUGACAGUCGACUUCCUGUGAGCCUCUGUGAAAAUAUCCCAGAGUGUUUUGGGUGUUGCUCCUCCUCUGUCAGUCGGAGGAUCCAGGCUCCGCCUCUUUUCAGAGGAAUGUGAACGCAGCACGGCAAGUCAGAGCUGCAGGUCUGAACCUGGUCUCAGGUCAGUGUGGAGCUGCAGGUCGACGCCAACAAAUUCAGAUCAGACACUUCCACUUAUUGAUUAUCAGAAGUUCAGAUCAGACUGUGAGUUAUUGAUUAUCAGAAGUUUUCAGAGGAGGAGGGGGGACGACCUGAAACAUUUCACCUCUUUAUUUUCUGCUCUUUCAAACUUUAGUUCACAAUCAUUUUUAAAGCUGCAGCAUCAGUUCAUCAAUCAGUUUCAAAAAUCGAUUCAUCAUUUCAGACAAUUUGAAUCAGUUUUCUGACAAUUUUUAACAAUUGAUUUUAAUUCAGAAGAAAAUGGUUGUUAGACUGAUCAAUAAUGAAAAUGAUCGUUAGACUGAUCAAAAAUUAAGAUGAUCAUUAGACUAAUCAAUAAUGAAAAUGAUUGUUGCAGAAUGAAAUGUGAAAAGGCAGCUUUUAUUGUGAAGCAGAAACAGGAAGUGCAUCAAAUUGGCAAUUAACUCUGAAGGUUUUUCUGCAGUUAAUAUCUCAUGUUGAUAUUUAUCAAUAUUUCUGAUCAGAUCUCUGAUCAUAUGCAGGAUAUUAAUCAUUUAUUUAUUACUGAUAUUUAUUCCUUAUUUAUAUUGAUGUAUUUAUUGAUUUGUUUGUGUUUGUUUGUGUGAAUCAUUUUGUUUUUGUGGGUCGUGACCUCACAUGGUCGCAACACAUGAAUUUAAGAUCAUAAUAUGAUAUUGAUUUUAUAUUUUCAAUAUUAAAUCAAUUUUAGGGACGAGAGAGGUUUAAAACAAACAGAGAGAGAGAAUCGCUGAUGGACAGGGAUGAUGUCAGAGAUGAUGUCAUCAGUGAGUGAUGACGUGAGUGAUGAUGUCAUCAGUGAUUGUGUGUGUGUGAACAUGCAGAUGUUCUGCAGGUAAAUGACAGGUAAAUGUCUUUGUAUCUCAGACGUGUUCAGGUGUGAAACUGAAACAGGAAGUAAACCCCAUGGGUGACCUGACUUUAUUUAUUGAUAUUUAUGUCACAGUGAUCAAUGAAACCUGAUCUUUGUUCGUGUCCUUUGA